AUGUCUGGUCUCUAUAUCAAUUCUACUCCCUCCGCAGUCUCCGAGGCUAUGGGUAUCCAUCUCUUGACCUUUAGCACGCCCAACGGCCAGAAAGUACAGAUCCUGCUUGAAGAACUUGCCCUCCUCUACGGUGUUAUAUGGACGACUUCGUUCAUCAAGCUCAUGCAGAAUGAACAGAAAGAGGACUGGUUCUUGAGACUGAAUCCCAACGGCAAGAUUCCAGUCAUCGUCGACAACACCAGCAAAGACAACCCCACACCUGUCAUGGAAACAUCAGCCCAGUUGCUCUAUCUCGCCGAAAAGUACGACAAGGACUACGCACUGACUUUCCAAGAUUCACAUGAGCGCAAUCAAAUGAUGCAAUGGCUCUUCUUUUGGCAUGGUUCCGGCGCACCUCCCUACGGCCAACUCAUGUUCUUUGGCAGAUUCUCAAAGGAAAAGGUUCCCGCAGCCUUUGAGCGAUUCCGCAAUGAGACUCUGCGUGUGUUUGGUGUGCUCGAGCUUCACCUCUCGGGAGCGAACAGUGACGGACAGCCAAGAGAAUACCUGGCUGGAUCUGGAAAGGGAAAGUACAGUCUUGCAGAUAUUGGAACUUGGCCUUGGGUUGCAAAAUGGGAGUUUGCUCAAUUCGAAAAGAAGGAUAUGGAUGCUUUCCCUAAUGUACUUGCUUGGCUUGAGCGUAUUGGACAGAGGGAGGCUGUCAAGACCGGUACUGGAGACAAGUACCAGAGUAAGUUCUGA